AUGGCAGCAGAUGAGAGCAAAUCCCUGCAGGACAGCGAAGAGGGCCACAAUGAGCAGGGGGAAGAGACUGAGGUGCAGCGGGCUGAGCUGGACUGGGAGAUCCCCAUGUUGGUGUUGCUGCCCAUCCAAGUGGAGGCCGACACCACCCAUCAACCCUUCCCCUUUCUGGACACCACACUGGCCGACCUUGGCAUUCAAGAGUCAGAGGUGAAAGAGAGGGUGGUUUGGGUCGACACCAAGAAGACCCAAGUGAAAAACAAGGCAGGGAAGGUGAAGGAGAAAGAGACCACCAUCCUAGAGGUGCGAGUUAAAGCCCAGAAACCGGGAGACAAGAACCUGCAGGAGGUGCUGUACAGCACAGAGGCCCACACGGACCGAUCAUUCUGCCGUACCGGGGUCAACAUUCUGCCCUGGAAGCAGCAGAACCCAGAAACUGGACUGGAGUCUGUCAAAGUUUCUGUCAGCACCGAAGACCAGCCGCACAUUAUCGCUCAGGAGCACAAGGAUAGGGGGAUUUAA